AUGUUCAUGUUGGACGUAGAAGACGACAGCUUUCACGUCACAGGUGAAGUCUACUCCCAUCCGAGUGACUCAGAAUGGGAGGUAGUCGGCCGCAUGAGUGUGCUCAUGGGCGAACCCGCCAUCAGUGGCAUGUUGGAGUCUCCAAGCCGAGACCAACAACAUGCCGCUAUCACAAGUUCCUACAACGGGAACUUGCCGUCGAAAAACAGAAGAUACACUUACUACAACAGCAUGGCUCUCAUCAGUCGAUGGGCGAGCCGACACACACGCGUGACCUGA